UUCAAAAGUGACGCGACCAAAUCGAUAAACAACAAUCUGUUCAUGUUCAAGAUUGACGCGCAUUCGUUCACGCGCAACGAGCCGCCAACAAACGAGUUACAUGUGUUCCAGGUGCUCAGUUGUCCGGCAAAAGAAAUUGUAGAUCAGCUACUUCACUUGGGUGCAGAUCCGGACUACUCACUGGCAGACAAUCACGUGGACAGUCCGGAUAUGUUUCAUUCGCGUAAAUUGGCCUCACACGUGGUUCACCCUCACGUGACAUCAAAUGCGACCAUGUCUCGUUCUAUGACAUCAAUGAAAGGGAACACUCUUCCACGUCAUCCAGAAUAUCACUACGCCAUAGAUGUGACUGCUGAAGAAAUUAGUACCGGUCUGAUAAAUGCUGAGGUAGAAUUGCUCAAUCUUUGCUUUGAUGAUAUCGAAGAAACGUUACAAUUGAUGCGUGAUCGUCCGGAAAAGAAUCGUCGACGCAGCUCGGCCAGCACAUUUGGCACGCUAACGAAAACUCGGAAUCGUUUGAAGAGUCGCGGAAGCAUAAUUCCAUUGGAAUGUAGCGCCGAUCCCCAGUUCCGUUUUUUGGUCGAAGACUUUUUCCAGAAAGUGAAAUUUGCUUGUAUUUUGUUAUCAAGACUUAGUGACUACGUGAAAGAACCCAAAGCUCCGGAGUUGAUAAAAAAAGUGUUCAAUAUUCUGAAAGAGGGAGUGACUAUUUGUCGCCUGCCCAAAACAAAUCGUGCAGACAUACCACGUAGUAUUAUCUAUCCGAGACUUCCGGCCGAAACGGUUCGGUUUAUGCAAAAACAUUUGACUUCGGAACAAAAUGAUUUGCUACUGGAACUUGGCCCUACUUGGAAUACACCCAGAGAGGAUUCCAAUGAUCAGACAGUAUAUGUGCCGACAUUCCGAAAACCGUACGAUAUCGACAAAGAUGCCUACGAUCCUACUCUGUUUCGUUUUAAUGAAGAUGUGGACAACAACCCUGAACGGCGGUAUAUUCAAAGGGCCCAGCUGAGCCGCUAUGCCAAAGAACUAAUGGCCCGUGGCGCAGAUCUUGUGAAGGUCAUUGUGGGUUAUCGUGCCAAAUCACCGAGAGAGCUGACCGUUGUCUUGGGAGAGUAUUUGGAAUUGCUGGACGAACAUAAAGAUUGGUUCCGUGUACGGAAUGCGGAAGGAGAAGAAGGAUACUGUCCGGCCAUCAUGAUGGCGCAUUGCUCCACAACUGAUUGUUCUAUGUUGAUUAUCUACCAACAUUUAAGCUUCAUCCGAUUCAAAAACUAUCCUCCUCCUAUGCCGGCCCGAAAAUCCCAUGACCGAUCGGGUUCACUUAUCGAUUGGUCGGAUGGUUCAGCCGCAACAAACGACCUGCUUCGUGUUUCCAAUUCUGAUGAGGGCUCACGUGUUAUCACCCAUGGGGUUUCCGCCGCAAUUGCUGAAAUGACCGCAUUAGCACUGGGCCAACUGGACUGUCCACCAGAAUACUGA